CAAAUAGCUGACAGUGCGUGUUUAGCAACAAAAUAGAGUGCCAUUCUGCUUACUCACAAGUGUGGACUCUACCGCGAAGGUGUUUACGUUCAUUAUCAUACCGUGCCACGGUCUGCAUCUCGUGUACGAACAGCAGCAGAAUUAUCGAUCGAAUCCGGCCUGAGACAAAGGCAAAAAAUAGCCCCAGUCAACUCAUCUCCAUUGCGGACAACUGCAGUGGAAGCUGCGGAAAGGAUUGGUUUGCCUCACGGUCUGCGACUGAGCAGCUAUCGAUCGGAAUUUGCGCUACCAUAGUGUGUGGUGGUGAUCUUGAAAAAACUUCUACCCCUUGCUCGUGUCCCGCAUUGAGAAAUCACCUUGUGGCAUCCGGUGGAAGCGGUUGCAAUAAAGUUUAAACAAAAAAGUAAGGUCGCGACAAGUGUGUGUGUGUGCGUUUGCAAUAGAGAAACCCGUGAUCCUUGGACGAGUCGCGAUGAAUAUGCAUGAAUUGUAUGAAAUUAUAGAAAAGUGUCACGACAAGUCAUCCCAGAAGGAACAGGAUGAGACGCUGCUGCAACCAUUUUCGUACAUCCAGCAAAUUCCCGGAAAGCAGGUCCGGUCGAAGCUAGCGCUAGCGAUAAACCAUUGGCUACACAUUCCGAACGACAAGCUGGCGGCGAUAAGUGAGAUUGUCCAAAUGCUGCACAAUUCCAGCUUGCUCAUCGACGAUAUCGAAGACAAUUCUAUCCUUCGCAGAGGCAUCCCGGUGGCGCACAAAAUCUACGGCGUGGCGAGCACGAUCAAUGCGGCCAACUAUGUGCUAUUUUUAGCGCUGGAAAAGGUCCAGCAGCUCGGCCAUCCGGAUGCGACGCGGGUGUACACGGAGCAGCUGCUGGAGCUGCACCGUGGCCAGGGUAUGGAGAUCUACUGGCGCGACAACUACGCCUGCCCGACCGAGACGGAGUACAAGCAGAUGACGAUACGGAAAACGGGCGGCCUGUUCAUGCUGGCGAUCCGGCUGAUGCAGCUGUUUAGCGAGAAUCGCAAAGAUUUCACCAAGCUGACCGCGAUCCUGGGGCUGUACUUCCAGAUACGGGACGACUACUGCAACCUGAGCAUGAAGGAGUACUCGGAAAACAAGAGCUACUGCGAGGAUCUGACCGAGGGCAAGUUUAGCUUUCCGGUCAUACACGCGAUACAGACGCAAAAGUACGACAAGCAGGUUUUACACAUUCUACGCCAACGGACGCGCGAUGUCGAGGUCAAGCGGUACUGCAUAACGUUGCUGGAAAAGUUGGGCAGCUUUCAGUACACACGUGACGUGCUAGAGUCACUCGACAAGGAAGCACGAAAGGAGGUGGAAAGUCUUGGACCGAAUCCAAUUAUGGAAGCGUUGCUGAACGAUUUGCUCAGCUGGAAGCAAGUUUCCGACGGUAUGACGGUAGAUGACGACACGACGCCACCAUAAUCAGCUUGUUACAUUUAAGAAGAAAAAAAUGCUAAGGAACUCUUUUAAUAAUGCGGAAUUUUGCGAGGAAACCCGAUUUCAAGUUAAAGAAAGCCGCUUUAGAUCUUGCGUGAAAAUGAACGUGAAAUUUCGGGCUUUUUUUGUGCUAUAUUCAGGCUACUGACCAUUUAAUAUUUAUAAGAAUAUGGCUUAUCAUAUACCAAAAGAAAGAAUAUAAAUUAAAUGCCUUUGCGUGUUAUUCUCCGCUGAUCAUUAUUUUUUCACCGUGAACAAAGCGGAAAAUCCCAAGGGAAUGCAUUUAAUUUAUUAUUUCAAUAUAUUUUAUAUUUUAUAGAAUAUAUUAGCUUUUGAUGUACGAAAAGCCAUAUUCUGAUUAAUAUGUAUUGAUAUAUAUCAAUAAAAACCCGAAAUGUCACUUUCAAUUCCACUAAAGCUCUGUAACUCGGGCUUUAGAAUGAAGCCAAUUCUUAGUCGUUUAAUUGUAGGCGUAGCGCGCUUUCCGGCUGACCAAAAUGUGAGCGACAAUAAGUAUAAUAAUAGUGGAGGUGUUACUACGGACUCAUACAUUAUCUUCCAAUGCGGUAAAACCAUGGUAGUAUAGCGAGCAUAGCAGGUUUUUCACUUUAAACGUGGCUGUUGGCACACUUUCUUAGUAAAACAUGCACUGCAAUGCACUGCUCUUUACACGUUUCAACUAUUUCUGUAGCGGCUCAUAGAAUGGUUACAGAAAAUUCGUUGUUAGAACAAAAUAUGACUUACAAUUGAUAAUAUGGAAAUAAGAUUUUAAAAACGGCUAGUAGAUGUAAAGCUUGAGCUAGCUAGACAAAUCAUGUAAUUGCAUGCCCAAUAUGUUACGUAGCAUGGCCGUGAGGCUCGAGAAACCGUGCCAGCUAUCUGAAAUUAAGAGACAAACUACGCUAAAAUAUGUGCUGUUGCAUUCAUGUCCCCGCUAACAGUAGCUAUUCUAUUUCAGCACGUUGCAGUCAGUGCUGUAAAAUGUCAUGAGAAUCACCAUCGAAAACAAUGAACAUAUCCGUGGUAGUUUGAUAUUCAAGCCGAACAAGCCGAACGCGACGUGCAAGUGCUUGAGUCAAACCCGAUACUCUGUCUGACAAGCUGAGCUUAAUGCCGGCGCAAGCAUAAUCACGUUUUUUUUCUGGCUGUGCUGCCAAAUGCCACUUUUUCAAUCACCAACACUUAUGACUGAAACGAAGCUCAAAACAGCUCACGCACACAACUGAGAUGAUCUCUGAGGUGAGACUCAAACAGUUGGUACACCAAUCACAUGCUUGGUGACAUUUUGUUUUGCACCCAACUCUUGGUCACUCACAUGGUCAUGACAUUUUCAGUCGGUGAUAAUCACGACAUUUUGGAAUAUACUAGGCGUGUGAUCCCAAGCAACAAAAUGAUAAUGGUUUCUCACUCUGUCUGGUUUGAUGGUCUGUCGGGCCAAACAGAGCGAUAAAAACAUGUUCAUUUUGCUGCUUGGGACCACUCGCACGCACCGCAUAUCGCCCAUGACUAUCCUGAUGAUCAUCGACAGAAAAUGUCGCAACCAAGUGACUGACCAGGUGUUGGUUGCAGAACAUGUCACCAAGCACUUGAUGGUCGCAACAACUGUUUGAGUCUCACCUCUGAUUAGCACAGUAGACAUGAUUUUGUUUCAGGCGAAAUUUGGUAUAGUCAUAAGUGACAUUUUGUGAAUUUUGUGUGUGUGACAGUGAACAAAAUCAUGACAAAGUGCCUGACCAAGCGUUGGCUGCUAAAAUGUCACAAAGAAUGUAUUGGUCACAACAACUGUUUGAGUAUCACCUCUGAUCACCACAAUUGAGUACGUGACGCUGACAUGUCAGCAUUUUCAGUCACAAUUUUUAUGACAUUGACAGUAACAUUUUGCUGCACUGGUUGCAGUAUUUUGAGGGAAUUUAUUCCUAGCCUUUUUAAGCUUUCCCUAUCACCCUUUGCAAACACAAUUGGUAUAUGAAUGUUAAAGGAAAAUAAUUUUAAUGGAAAUGGCAUUUAUGUGUGUGUGUGAGGGUGAGAGAAACGAAUUGCCAAAAGCUUCGCAACGGCCACAACGGCUGUGUUGUGGUACAAUCCUACGAAACGUUCUCCAAGCAGUGUAUGCAAUCAGUGUAAUGCUGUUAUCUGCUUCUAUUUAGUGUAAGCGCAGUGGCCAUAGUGAAAUGAUCGUAUUUAUUUAACAUAUUUUAACUUUCGUUUUCAGUUUGCUAUAUAUUUUGUACAUAUAGGAUUAUAUUUCGCUCAAAUGUUGCCCAGUCCAGGGGUGGCAAAUGCGCAAAUUGGAGAUUAUAAAGGUUAAGCAAGCGAUUGAUAGCCAUUGGUUUCGGAUCGUCAAUUUCGUUUGUCCUAAGUUAUUAGGUGUAGCAGCGUUACGAUAGAAUUUCACAAACAUUGCUUUCGAUUCGGUUAUGGCUUGUAUUAUAUUAUAUUUAGUUCCUGCAUGGGUCACGUUGUGUGGUUUUUUAUUAGCACAAUUAGCGUAGCAGGAAGGUACGGAAAUGGAAAGCGUGGAAAUAAAUCGGAUUAGUUAGUCAUAUAAGGGAUAAUGGUGAAUUGUAGUAAGAUGAAGGGAAAGGCUUUUGAAAAACUGUUUGUGAGAACAUUCUGCCAUUGAAAACCAACCGUUUAAUCCGUUAAAACCGUAAUCACCUUCUGCAGUGUGUGAUACUGCUGAGUAAUUGACCAUUCACUCCUAUUAUUGUUAAUGCAUUUUUAUUGCUGCAUCAGAUCACUAAACAUUAUCUAAUUAGAGACCAACGAAUCUUCCUUAGUAUGGUAGGCAUGGUAGGGGUAGUGGAGCAAACGAUGCGUUUGUUCUUUGCUGUGCACCGUGUUAAUUGGUUCGAACAAGUAUAGUUUAAGUCAAAAAUGCACAUACAAAGCCAACGAAUACUGCUAAAACUCAUUGCGAUCUAAUAUUGCGAAUCCUUCUGCCCUCUGUACUACCGGCUUUGCAAAAGAAAUGGAUAAAACAGUGCUUUGCAUGGCUUGAAUUUAGAACUGUACCUCACUUUACACGUAUGAAAACUAGGCGCAAGCGAAACUAGCCGCGUAACGUAUUCAAAACAACGAAGAUGUGAUUGACAAUAAGCUCCCCAGCGUCAUCGUCGUGGGGUGAAUGAAAAGAUAGGAAUCAAAUCUUUACUAACCACUAUCAUCCUCCAGUGUAUUGCCAUAUCAAACCACAACACUCGUAACGUAUAAAACCGUACAAAAUGUGUGAGAAAUUUAUCAUCCGUUUUUCGUACCCAAUGCUACACGAGUUCCUAGCUCUACAACCAACUUACCGUUCGGCCUCUCUAUCGUACAAUUAAAAUACAACAUUAAAUAAUGCACUCAUUCUUCCCUAACCGGGUGUCAGUUA